AACAAAGACAACAGAAAACCAACCCCAAAAAACCAUCAUGUCCGACGCCUGGUUCGCCGAAAAGCUCGCGCCGGACGGCGACAUCGAGGACGGCGUGCACCCCUCCUCCGCCGAAGCACUAAAGCAGUACCUCCGCGGCGGCGCCAGCGCCCCCGCCGCCGCGCGCGCCAUCACCCGCCCCGUCUCGCGCUCGCGCACCCCCAACGACGAGCUCGCGCGCCUCUGGGGCUUCCUCGUAGACGCGCUCGUCGAGCUGCCCGCGGAAAACGUCGCGCCGCUCGUCGCCCUGCUCCAGGCCAUCGAGGACCUGCCGGAGCCGGCGCACGGGAGGCUCUGCUGGCGCGGGCUCCCGGGCUUCGGCCACUCGUACGCCGACACGCACCAGCGGAGCGGCUGGCGCGCGCACGCGCGCAGAGCCGUCGGCGCGGCGGCGCGUGGAGAGCUGCGCGGGUACCACGCGCGCAAGGCGGAGGUGGAGGCGCGGCUCGUGGUCGCGGGGCUGGCGGGGCUCGACAUCAGCUGGGGGUACGAGACGGUGGGCGACGCGCUGGAGCGCAGCGACGCCGUGCUGGAUGUCGAGGUGCCGGCCGCGGCGCGGUGGUUUGACAUUGCGGGCCCGAGGAUUAGGGAGGGGGUUGGGAGGGGGGAGGAGAGCUGGGCGUUGCGGAGACGGGGGAGGGAUUUGUGGAGGGGUGGGGAGGAGUUGGGGGGGGAGAGGUAUGCGUUUUGGAGGAGGAGGUUGGAGGAGGUGCAGGGGAGAGAGGGAGAGCAAGAGGAUGAUGAUGCUACGAAGAGGGCGGCGGGGGAGGCGUUGCGGUGCAUGGAGAGGGAUAAGGGAGGUACGGCUACGGCUACGGCUACGGGGGUUGAGGGUAAGGGUGUGAGUGGUUAAGGAAAAGGAAAGGGAAAUUGAGGGCUUUACUACUAGGUUCCUACGAUGCAAUUUAAGAUGCUAAGCGCUGUGGGAGAGAACAUAGGUUGUGUUUGGGGCAUAUUCGUUCAUGUAAAGCAUACGAAGUGGUACAGUAACUACCUAGACUAAUUAAUUGAUACAAGAGGAGGGUUAAACCGUCCGAGGAAAUGUCUCUGGUAU